UUACUUAGUAUAAAAUCCAGUUAAACCCCAGGGAGUCUGGCAAAAUCCCUCCCUCUAAUAAAGCCAAGUCCUGUUGGUGUGGGGAGAGGGGGUUGUUGUUGGUUCUGCAAGGGCUGAGUACAUUGCGUGUGGGGCUCAUCGCCAGGGGCAUUUCUACUGAGACUUUGGGGUGCACCUUGGCAGCGGCAGAAAUUUUCUCUCCAACAGCCAAUAGGAUCCCUUGCCCCAAGGAGGGCAGUGACUGCUGGGAGUCUGCAAGGAUAUUCUCAGUCUCUCUCUGUUUCAGUUGCCCUUUAGUGACCAUGAAGAUGAUGCUGAGUCUGGCUUGGCUGCUCAUAGCCAUAGCCCAUAAGGCUGAACCCCUCAUCUCUGAGAACUUCACAGACUGCCGGGAGUUUUUCUAUAACCAAUGGUUCCCUGACGGCUUUCAAAACAUUUCUCUCCCUCAUCAUUUUAAUUGCACAGACUUACCAGAUGGGAUAGAGGCAGAAGAACUGACCUCUCCAGCUUAUAUCUGCCAGCAGUAUGAUAACAAGUAUCACUUUGCUUCCCUGUAUGACAGAGGGAGGCGCGUGCCCCUCUAUUCUGCCUACAUCUUGGACAGGAGAUCCACAGAUAAACCAACAAAUAAAAGGAAAAAGAAUUUCAGCAUAGAACCCCAGCUGGUUUAUAGGGGGUUGGACGGCACAAUGCUGCGUGAACACAACACCAAAAUAAAAAUAGGAAUAUACAACACUGAUCAUGGAAUAUCAGAAAGAGAGGAAAAAAAUCGUCCUUCUUACCUUAUGCCGACAAGCCAAGCUGUGGAUGCUGAUUAUUAUAAAAACAAACACUAUGACCGAGGCCAUUUGAAUCCCAGGGGGCACCAUGUAGAUGCGGACAAACAAAAUGCAACAUUUACCUUCACCAAUGUGGUGCCCAUGAACAAAGGUCUAAACAAUGGGAACUGGAACCGAUAUGAGAGGAGAAUGAUGGGCAAUGCUGAUGGCUGCACCACUAUGUAUGUGGUUACGGGCAUUGUACCGGGUAAUAACUGGAUUAACAAUAACCGUGUGAAUAUUCCCAGCCACGUGUGGAGCGCUUACUGCUGUGUAGAUAAUAACGCCAAGCCAAUCAGGUCAGGGGCGGGGCUAGUGAACAAUACAAAGGAUAUGGUUUAUGAGAUGGAACUUAAUGAGCUUCAAAUGCAACUUGAAACUCUUUUAAACGCCACAAAUAUUGAAGUAUUUCAGAAUAAUUGCAUUUAAUGAAAUGUUAAUUUAUCAGCAACUUUUACUGGAUGUUCUAUGAGAAAUGUAACGCAAACUGCUGAAUGUCUCUGUAGACCAUAUAGAAACCUAUAGAAAAACCUCUGUACAACAUUGCUUUAAUAAAAGACCGAGGCACGCUUA